AGAGCUUUCGAAAAGCACAUUGGCGAGUACGUCGAUGACAGCUGGACCUGUAAUCUUAUUACCUGCGCAUUCAGCGGAUUUGUAUGCGCCCUAGGCAUAAAUUACACAGGAAUGUACGCAAACCCUCUGGUUGCUUGGGCUUGUACGUUCAAUUGUGAGGGCUUAACGCAUGCUGGCCACUUACUCGUCUACUGGCUUAGCCCUCUUAUAGGAUGGUACCUGGCUGAGGUUGGCCUUUCGAGAACGACGUUGAAGACCGAGUAG